CCGUAAACGGCAUUCCCCUCUUAUCUUUACGAAGACCUUUGCUACUAUCAUCACAAUUCUAGCAGUCACCCUGGCGCUUUUUACUCCUCUUUUAAACUUAUUUCCUAAGUUCUUGUCUAAGUCAAACGUGAGAACAAUGUCAACGACGAGCCCCUCGUCCCUCAAGAUUACCAAGCGUCCAUGGGCCGCCCGAGGCCAUGCCGACCACGACUGGCUCUACAGCUUCCACACCUUCUCCUUUGCCUCGUACUAUGACCCACAACACAAAUCCUUUGGUCCUCUACGCGUCAUCAAUGAAGAUCGUGUUAAGCCGACAACAGGCUUUGGAACACACUCCCACUCGGAAUUCCUCAUAUUCUCCUACAUCGUGAACGGGACACUGGAGCACAAAGACAGCAUGGGUAACCUUGAGAACCUGAAGCGUGGCGAGGUUCAAUUUACAAAUGCAGGCACGGGCAUCCGGCACAGCGAGUACAACCGCAACCGCGAUGACGAAGUCCAUUUCUUGCAGAUCUGGGCGAAGCCGAACAAGCGGGGAUUGAAGCCACAUUAUGAGACCAAGAAAUUCUCUGAUGAGAUGAAAAAGAACAAAAUGGUCAGAAUUAUGGAAUAUACGGACCGGCUAGGCGACAAGAGCGGCGAGACUGAUCCGAUCGGCCUCCAGGCUGAUCUGAGCAUGGACGCUUCUAUCUUGUCACCCGGGAAGAAAGUCUCUCACGAGGCUGUGGCCGACGGCCCAAGAAAAAUCUUCCUUCAGGUAGUCAUGAGCAAGAAGGCGCAACCGAAAGAGGGCGGUGCUAAGAUAAAGGUUGGGGAUACUGUUUUAGGGGAGGGAGAUGGCGCUUACGUCGAAGGUGUCCAUGGCCCGGGGAAGAUUGAGAUCGAAAGCAUUGGCGAGACGCCGGCGGAAUUCCUGUUGUUUGAUAUGGGGCCAGAAGAUGCUUGA